AUGGCUGAACCAGCUGACAAGAAGGUCGAUGUUGAGCAUGCGGCGUCGCACGAAGAGUCGCCCCCGGUCUAUGAGGAUGUCUCGAAGAGUCCAGAGACCGCCGGAGCGCCUAUCAUCCAGGAAGCCCGCCGCCGAGGACUGCAGCCUCCUGCUAUCAUCGCCAACCUAACUCCUGAGCAACGGCAGGAACUGGAGCUGCGUCUGAGGAAGAAGAUCGAUCUCAGAUUGUUGCCAAUGAUCAUUAUCAUGUACAUCAUGAAUUACAUUGACAGGAACAAUAUCGCAGCUGCAAAGCUAGCAAACCUCGAGAAAGACCUGGGUCUACCGCCGAACUCGACGGAGUACCAGACAUCUGUCAGCAUUCUCUUCGUGGGAUACCUGUUGAUGCAAAUACCGUCGAACCUUUUCCUGAAUAAGAUCGGAAAGCCAGCUAUCUAUCUUCCACUUUGCAUGAUAGUGUGGGGAAUCAUCUCAGCUGCUACUGCUGCAGUCAAGAACUUCGGUGGUCUCAUCGCUGUUCGUUUCUUCUUGGGUUUCGUCGAGGCAGCUUACUUUCCUGGAUGCCUGUACUAUCUAAGUUGCUGGUACACUCGGAAAGAACUAGGCCUGCGAACGGCUAUGCUAUAUUCUGGAGCGCUUAUCUCCGGCGCCUUCUCGGGCCUGAUCUCCGCCGGUAUCACUGCUAAUAUGAACGGCGUGCGAGGGAUCUCGGCUUGGCAGUGGCUGUUCAUCAUCGAGGGUGUUGCAACCGUGGGAAUCGCAUUUAUCGCAUUCUUCAUUCUUCCAAAUUUCCCACGCACGACAUCUUGGCUAAGCGAGGAAGAGAGGGCACUUGCGAUCUGGAGGCUGGAGGAAGACAUUGGCGAGGACGACUGGAUCGACAGCGAGCAUCAAAGUUUCUGGCAGGGCGCAAAGCUUGCCUUCAGCGAUAUCAAGACCUACGUGCUGAUGGUACUGCUCUUCUGCAUUGUUGCCAGCGGUUCGGUGACCAACUUCUUCCCAUCGGUUGUGAGCACACUGGGUUAUAACAGCGUGAACUCACUGCUCCUAACCGUCCCGCCGUACGUGCUCUGCGUUAUAACCUCAUUCGCGAACGCAUGGCAUGCGGACAGGACUGGUGAACGCUACGUCCAUAUUGUUUGGCCCCUGAUUUUCAGCAUGAUUGCCAACAUCAUCGCGGCAACCACCACCUCCAUCGGUCCUCGCUACUUCAGCAUGAUGCUGAUGGUUCCCGGAGUCUAUACGAGUUUUGUGGUAGCAUUGGCCUGGAUUAGCAACACUAUGCCCCGGCCGCCAGCAAAGAGAGCAGCCGCUUUGGCAUUCAUCAACGCUGUCAGCAACUGUAGCUCAAUAUAUGCUUCUUAUAUGUACCCCAACGCCGCAGCGCCUCGGUAUGUUGUUGCGAUGGCAGUCAACUGUACCACGUCGUUUAUCGCUAUUUGUGCCGCAACAGUUCUGCGAUUCAUGCUUGUACGGCUGAACAAGAAACUCGACCAAGGUAUUCAUGUGGAAGGGGCGAUCAACUCUUUGCCGGGAGAGGCUGCUCAACAUGGCUUCAGAUUCAAGAUCUAA